AUGAAGAACAGGCCCGGUGCCAAGUGCAGAAGUCCGCGCCGAACGAGUGCGGAAAGACUGGAGGUGACGCUGACCAACUACAUCAGGGGACUGCAUGAAUUGCAACGGCCGUUCGACAGCGAUGGCAUCCCGAUGGACGUCGGCCAGGAUGAAAUCUCCGACGAUGUUGGCCCUACUCUGACUGCCGUGGCGCUACGUACCCGGAGAGACUGCAUCUUGCAGCGAGCCACUGCGGCUGCCCCGUCAGACCUCAAAGACAUGCGAGAAAGUUCGGUCAAGGCUGAUGGGGGCCAAGGCAAAAAGACGGCCUUGAAGGAAGCGAGAGAGGCGCAGGUGGUGGCGACGGCUGGGGCAGGCAUGGCGGAUGGCACACAUACAGCAGCGAAGCACGACAACGAGGAGGCAGAGGAAGAAGGAGACUGA